AUGGCAAGCAAACCUGCCACGAACCCCAGCCUGUGGCAAGGGGGCACCGAGUCUCACGAGGCGGGACCGGUGCCCUCCCACGACCCGGAGGAGGUGCGCAUCCAACACCUCCAGCAAGGCCAUCGGCUCCUGCGGUCGCUGCGGCAGGCCGAGACCUGGAUGGAUCGCCGGUUCGGGGUCGAAGCCAUGGGCAUCGAGCGCGUGCCCGAGGACCAGCGACGCGCGCCGGAGCGGCUGAACAUGAUGUUGUUUUGGUUCUCGGCGUUGCUCGCGCCCGGGCUGAUCCCCAUCGGCAUGCUGGGCCCAAUCUUCGGCCUGUCGGUGCAGACGUCGAUUCUCCUGACCGUGGUCGCCACCCUGAUCGGAUCCGUCCUGCCGGCCUUCACGGCGACGCUGAGCCCGCCCAGCGGCCUCCGGCAGAUCGCCGUCGCGCGCUAUGCCUUUGGCCUGGGGGGCGCCCGGCUCUGCGGCCUGCUCAACAUCCUGGUCAAUGGCGGGUACGGCGUCAUCGCGGCCGUCGUGGGGGGUCAGUUGCUGGCUGCCGUCUCGGACGAGUCGAUUCCGCUGGCCGCCGGCAUCAUCCUGCUCGUCAGUGUUGCCUUUAUCGUGGCCUUUGCGGGCUUCACCAUGAUCCAUCACUAUGAACGGUAUGCCUGGGCCGUGGCUCUGGUGCUCCUCUGUGUGACCUACGGCCAGGCGGCGCCGUAUUUUCCCGCGGAUCCGGGCCAACGUUGGGCCCGGGGCAUCGACUACAGCGGCGGUUGUCUGAGCUACUUUGCCAUCGUCUUUGGCGUCUGCUGCUCCUGGUGUACCAUUGCGGGCGACUAUUACGUGCACUAUCCCCCCCACACCAGUCGGUGGCUCGUGUUUGGCCUCACCUACGGGGGCCAGGUGCUGCCCACCCUGUUUGUCUGCAUCCUGGGCAACUACUUUGGCGGCAUCGUGCGGACUCAUGCGGACCUGGCCGCCGUCUACCACGAGGGGGGCGCAGGAGCGCUGAUCCUGGCCACCCUGCGACCGUCGGGCUGGGCCAAAGUGGCCGGCAUUCUGUUUGCGUUGACCUUCCUAGCCAGUCUGAUCAUCGACAUCUACUCCAGCGCACUCUGCCUGCAGCUGUUGGGGCGACCCUUUCGCGCCGUGCCGCGCAUGGCCUGGUGUGGCCUGGUGUCCCUGGUCGUGCUGGCCCUGGCCUGGGGCGGUCGCCAUCAGCUCGAGGACAUUCUCAAUGACUUCCUGGCCCUGUUGGGCUAUUGGACGCUGGCCUUUGGUCUCAUCCUCGCGAUCGAGCACUUCUGGUUCCGACCCCGGUUAGGGGGAUACGACCUUGAGGCGUGGCAGGACCCCAAGCGCCUGCCGGUCGGGAUGGCGGCCACCACGGCCUUGCUCCUGGGUAUGGGAUUCUCGUUUGUCGGCAUGGAUCAGACCUGGUAUAUUGCGCCGGCGGCCAAGAGGAUUGGCGCUUACGGGGGGGAUGUCGGGGAUUAUUUGGUGCUGGCCUCGGUGGGAGUCUGUUAUCCGCUGUUUCGGACGCUGGAAAUCCGGGUGGUCGGGCGGUAA